AUGCAGGACCCGUCGACGGCCGCUCAGGUAGUGGAGUCUUCUUCUUCAUCGAUCGAUACACCCACUGCUAUGGACGCGCCGACCCAGACGCAACCGCAACCCGUUUCUGCAGCUUCUCCGCGAGGAGCGGCUAUGGACGGUGCGGCAAGCGAUAGCAGCUCACCUGCCGCAAGCCCUGCAUACGCUAGUCUCAGCCUUGCCAUGGCCGGGCACGUCUUGGGCGCUGUUGGAUCUUCCUCUACCGCCACCAACGCCGCUCCUUCCAUCGAUACCAGUGGCAUAGCAUCUCCUGUCCACCUGUACAGCUCUCCCGCACUGCCAUCCGACUCCAAAGAGCUCGCUCAUCCCGUCCUAAUCUCGCCCGGUCACGAUGCAAACAUCCACAAAGCUGCAGCCAGCGACACAUCGCCCGCCCAUCUCAGCGUGGUGGAUCCUUCAAGCCACUCUGCCUCCGUCUCUCCUUCCGCCAUCUCGGGUUCCUCCACACCCGCGCGUUCCGCCGUUAACGAACUUCAUCUCUACGCCCAACAAAUCCAGCAGCAGCUUCUGCAUCAGCACAUGCAUCAGCAGCUAGCAGCUGGCGCAGCCAAUUCAUCCUCUGGACUGCCAUCUUCCCAUCCGCCACCACAUAGCCAGGUCACUUCCGCCAAUGCCAGCACCUUCAACUCGCCGCCGGACUCGGGUCGCACUUCGCCCAAUCCCUACGGCUCGGUCCGCUCUCAGCGUACACCCCAUGUGCUCGAGACGCACCGUCUCGAUAUCCAGACACACACCAGCGGUCGCCGUAUGGUCAAUCAGUACCUCAUCGAGGGCGAACUGGGUCGCGGUGUGCACGGGAAAGUUCGCCUCGCUCGAGAUCUCGAGACGGGCGAGCGCGUCGCUGUCAAGAUUGUUGAGCGAGAGGCUCGCAAGCGUCUCGGUGCCGGGCUGGGCUUGCUCAAUCGCAACAAUCGCGCCAAGGAUCCGUUCCGUCUAUCUGAAGCGCAACUCGGCCCAUUGCCAUCGUCCAGCAAUGCGCUCGCUACAGAGCCCAUAGAAGCAAAAGCGUCGGGACCGAUACGACGCGGCUCGGACUCACCGCAAGACGAUGCUAGCGGCUCCGCCUCCACCACCGUCAAAGGCGUCCCGAUCACAGCUUCGACGCAGUUCGCGCCCUUACCCACCGUUCCGCGCUCGCCUUCUGCCUCUGCUCUCAGCCUCGCACGCUGGGGUCCGUCCGAAAAGGACGCCGAGCGUCGCCGCGAAAAGGACCGCGAGAAAGCCCGAAAGGCGCUCCUCUGGACGACAGAUCAAAAGGUUCGCCGUGAGAUCGCCAUUAUGAAAAAGUGCAGUCACGAUAACGUUGUACAGCUGAAAGAGGUCAUCGACGACCCGCAGAGCAAAAAGAUCUUCAUGGUGUUGGAACAUAUGGAGGGCGGCGAAGUCGUCUGGAAGGACGACCUAGGGCAGCCGACCCUCACCGUAGACGAGGCGCGCAGCGUGCUUCGCGACGUCGUCUGUGGUCUUGAGUAUCUCCAUUACCAGGGCAUUAUCCAUCGCGACAUCAAGCCAGCCAACCUGUUGUGGGACGAGCAUCACCGCGUCAAGAUCUCGGACUUUGGCGUCUCUCAUUUCAGCUAUGCCAUGAUGAUUGCCAACGACCACGCCGCUGCCGCCGCCCCUGGCUCAACAUCCUCAUCACCGGGUAGGGUUGGCGCUCAGGCGGAAUCCACAAACGAUUCGAGCCUCGCUGACGACCGCGAGCUAGCCAAGACUGCCGGCAGCCCCGCCUUCUUCGCCCCCGAGCUUUGCAUGUCUUCCUUUCCCUCAGCUUCUCCCUCUAUCAACCCAGACAAGAGCUCCCAUGCAGCUUCGCUUGCCGACUUUGCCAACGGAAAGGUUUCUACCCCACGUGCACGACCCAAAGUGACAAAGGCUAUCGAUGUCUGGGCUCUCGGUGUCACGCUCUACUGCCUCCUAUUCGGUACGACGCCCUUCACAGCAGAGUCAGAAUAUGCUUUGUUCGCCGUGAUCCCUAGCACCGACUAUUCCAUCCCCAAGUUCAUGGGGGCAGACCGCGUCCGCGUUGGGCCGAGGAAGCCCAGAUGGCAGUCACGAUCGCAAUGGAUCGACGAGGAGGCGGACGCCCAGCCAGCCACCCCUUCCGAGCUUUGUCCUGACGCCGAUCUGGCAAGUCUCAGCGAGGAUGCUCAGCAGUUGCGCGAUCUGUUGGAUCGCUUGCUCGAGAAGGAUCCAGCCAAGCGCAUCACGCUGGAAGACGUCAAGAAGCACCCAUGGGUCACACGUGGUCUGCAAGAUGCACCGGCUUGGCUAUCGGAGACCGAUCCUCAACACAUGCCCUUUGUCGAGAUCUCACACGCCGAUGUGGAAGAUGCCUUGACCGGCUUCUCCAAACUCAAGCAGCGUGUUAAAAGGUGGCAGUCCAAGCUGCUCGAUUCGUUCGGCGGCGGUCGAAGACGCAGCAAAUCCGUCAACCAUUCGUCUGCAGCUUCUUCCUACCAUGGCGAUGCGCAGACCGACUCGGGCACCAGUUCACCCCGACCAAAUCGCCUUGGCGCAGUAGAGAACGCUGCUUCCAUGCCGGUUACGCCUUUCGACUCGUCCAGUCCGUCGGAUCCGUCCACCUCUUCAAUUCGGACACCGCGCACCCCUCUCAAAGCUCCCAUGUUCUUUUCGCGGCAAAAGGGUGUCUCGUCCGUAGGUCGGCGCGAGGGCACUGCCGCAGUGCGUGGCCUCGCCGCAGCCAAUCGCAUCGACGAGUCAGACACGGUAUCCUCUCAACGGCCUAACGCAAUGCAAGCGCUCUCUCCACUCCAAACCUCUCCUCUCGGCUUUCAAGAGAGUAAGGCGGAGGUGCAAAACUCAGCCGCCAAGCUGUCGCCCAUGUUGCCACCUCCUGUGAUUGUCGAUGAUGCGGUUGACGGCACCAUGAAACCGCCAGAGCUGGUAUCACUCCGUAGGGCUUCGGCUCAUUCUACAAGCAGUGCUGCCGGACUUAGGCCCGGAGCAGGUCCCGAAAUCCCGCAGCGCACGUCGUCCGACACACACGGUGCAGCACGUCGCGAGGUUGGGACGGCGUCACCUUCGCUCAACAACUCGUCGCCACAGAUGCCUCAGAUGCACCGUAUGACGAGCCGUCAAGGCUCAAGCACCCACGAUUCACAUCCCCAAUGUGCCGCUUCACCAAGAAGAUCGGUGGACUCAGAAGGCAGGUCUUCAACAUUGAGCAUCUCGCAAGCCUCGCGCGUCUCUGGUCGCCACCGUCUCGGCGACUUUCUCCGUGGCAGUUGGCUCAUGACUGGAGGCGAUGAACACAAUCGCAGUUUAUCCAGGCCAAGCACGCGAGGUUCCAGGGAUGCGCCGCCAUUCUCUUCAAGCUUUCAGAAUGCAAGCAUGUCCAAACGAAGCAUCAGCAGUGGUAGUACCAGGAGCAGCGUCAGAGCAGCAGCAGAAGGUGGAGGCCCACUCUCUGUCGACACUCGAAGUGCGAUCGAGCAGACAGGCGCUCGAGCCGAAUUCGGUACACCAACGAGUGCGCCUGUCCUCGGCAGCAACAGCAGCGGCGGCCGCAACGAUGCUCCAAGUCUGUCCACAGAGCUACUCGCCGAGCCAGUGGAAAGCGACAGCAUUGCUCGGACUGCAUUCGGCGCUCUCAGUCAGCCCUCUUCGCCUGUGGCGCCGUCGAUGGCCGGCCAGCCAUUUGCUUUCGAUCGACUCGGCCGUCGUCGUCAUUUCGAAGCGCCACUUGAGGAUCUGGAAUCCGAGCACGAUGAUGUCGAUCUCGAGCUCGAGCUGUCGGAUGACGAUCUUUCUGACGACCUCCAUAUCGAUGGCGGCAACGUUCGCGGCCCGAUGCUCGUCAAUUCUGGUCACGGCUGGAUGGUGCGCGAUGGUGCAAGCGAUGACGGUGACGUAGAAGGCGCAUCUUUCCUCCCGGAGGCCUAUGUCCGCAAAGGGUCGAGCGGGAGCAACAAUUCCAACGACAUUCUCACGCCGUCUGUAGAAGGCGGCUACAAUGUCUUCAAGCCGCCCUACCAGCACAUAUUGUCGCCGUCCGAGUCCUUGUCGGAUCGCCGUUUCGCAGGGCUAGAGGCUCAAGGCGACCACUCGUCACCCAGGGUGCGGGGCAACUUGGGCGGUUCCGCCAAUGCUGGCGUCGCUAGCGGCUGCCAGACGUUUUCGAUGGAUGCCACGCUCUCCACCGAAGCCGAUGCGCUGCGAAAGGCCGAACUCCCCGAGCUGAACACGGACAACCUUGUGGUCACGAGCGCUGUGGCUGAGGAAGCGUCGGGGAACGAAGCAACGCCAAUCAGCUCAGGCAACGUAUCGCGUUCCGAUUUGGAUCGGCAGCGUGGCACGGACGAGUCGUCACGAGCUCCAUCAGGUGCACGUACACAGGAGACACAUUCGGAUGUCGAGGCUGCGCAUCUGGAAGAGAAUGGAUACAGCGCGACAGGAAAGCCGAUCGGGAGUGCUAUGCCGCCCGCACUUCCCGCGACGGAAGAGUCGCAAUUUGCGGACGCCGAAGAAGACUCGGCUCCGCGCGAAGGAGCUGAUGCGAUUACUGCUAAGCAAAGCAACGCAAGCCUCGCGCCGGCUUCAGCCGCCUUGGCCGAAGACGAUGACGAUGACAGCGACGACCAGUGCGUUAGUUUUCAAGCUCGACGCAAGCGUUCAACGCGCUUCCGUACCACACCAGCCUCAGCUGCUUGA